GAGGAAACCAAAUGCGGGCACCGGGUAUAGCCACAAUUCGCUUCUCGUUGCUGCGAGUUAGCUCUAGCAAACUAAGCUUCUCCGCGACGACUUUCACAAUCCACCUUUAGACUAGAAACUGGUCUAAGCGGGCAGCGAGUUGUUGCGACAACUGGUGCGGGGCCAUCUAUCACCCCUGCUCACCUUCACCUCAAUUACCACACGGCUUUGAGCACAGCCACCGCUAGUGGACGCGCGAGCAUUACUUACUGCCUGCUGCCCAUUACUUGGGUUAUUCUGUCCUCUUCUUACUUCAGGCCUACCUCGCACACAAUUGCUGCCUUCACGUCGCAAGAUGCAGCGCAUGCAGAGGAUUACGGGGCGUUUCCUCACGAGGACGCCCAAUGAAGCCGAUGUCGAAUCCAUGUUGAAGGACUUCAACGACUCCAAGACUAUGUUGGAAAAGCUCGAAGCGUCAGCAAAGCAAUGGCGGGACGCGUGGACCAACAUCCUCAACCAUCAACUCACUUCGGUCGAGCUACUAUACACCAUUUUCAAACCACUCGGCGGCGAAGGCUCCAACAGCACCCAUGUACAUGCCGAAACUCCGUCUGCCGUCCUGGAGCGUGUCCACGCCCUCCAUGAGGCCUUUUCGGAACUGAAGACGGAUAUGAUGGAGGAGGUCAAAGACAUCGACAGGAAACUGGUCAUACCGGCGAAGCUCGCUCGAGAUGCAUUGAAGCCCAUGGAGAAGGCUAUCAAGAAGCGGGAAGAUGCGAAGGUCGAUUAUGAGCGCUACAAGAGCCGCUGCGAAGCCCUCCAGGCUAAGAAGACGCGUUCGGAGCGCGAAAACAGCGCUCUCGCCAAACACGAAGUCGAUCUCGAGCGCUCUACCCACGCAUACCAGCUUGCUGACGAGAAUCUACGAGAACGUCUACCACGUCUGAACGCCGCGACCUUCUCAAUCCUACCACACCUCCUAGCGAACCAGAUCGUCCUACAGAAUAACUUGAUUGGGAACUUGUAUACUGUACUGCACCAGUACUCACACGAGCAAGGAUACCCCGACCCACCACCUGAGCCGGAAGAAGUCAUACCAUUAUGGGACUCAAACUUCACACCACUGCGCCAGGAGAUGGAGACAAGCUUGGGCUUGCUCAAGACCGGCAAGGCAGUCCACAUGCCGAUGCGACUACCGGACAAGGGAGAUACACUGACAGGCCUAGGCAUUAGAAAUAAGGUCAUGCCUGGUAGGAGAGCCAGCAGCAACGACAGUGUGCCUACCAUCACCGGAGGCGGACGACCUGCGCGACCGUCCCAGACCCUUUCGUCCACUUCCGAAAGCGGUCCACCUAUAAGCCUCUCUAGCAAGCCUUCAUACAGCUCUCUUAGCGCCUCGAAGCCAAAGAUAGGUGGCUCGCCCCAUCUGAGCGCUGGUCAGGACAUGUAUGGCCGCCGUGCCUCCUCCACCUCCCAGGCUUCCUCGUACUCAAAUGGAACAAAUGGUGAUUCCUACUUUAACAAAACCCCUGCCUCGAAUGGAUCGACUCCAAGCGGUUAUCCCUCAUCGCCUAACCCAGCAGCAGGGAAGAAAAAGCCGCCUCCACCGCCCCCUAAGAAGAUUGGAUCGUUUCAGUCUGAGUACGUGACGGCCAUGUAUGAUUUCGACAGUCUUACUCCUGGCGACUUAAAUUUUAGAGAGGGCGACCGGAUUCGCGUGGUGAAGAAGACUGAAAGCUCGCAAGACUGGUGGGAGGGCGAGAUACACGGACAAAAGGGCAGUUUUCCCGCCAACUACUGCAAAUGAGUUUGGCCAGCUUUGGGCGAUGUGCGAGUGUAGGGGACAGAAGAACUUCAAUGAUAUCCAAAACUGCAUUAGAAGGUGGUGUUAUGGCGUUUCAGCAGUUUUGUUGGUGUCACGAACCAGCUGCAGAACGACUAAGGUGGACUCAAGUUAAGGCAGAAUGAACAGCUCUUGCGUCUUGAUGCAGAUUGCGCAUGGAUUCGUGCUCCAACAGCAACAGUAUGCCAGCUUGCAACACUUCCCGAUAGUGUAGUUGUGGUGUAAUGUCAGCCAUCUCAGACUGGGAGUCGACGCGAGUGACAUGUCAAAGCAGACCGCGUCUCUCCUUGUGGUGGUAGUAGUGG